AUGUCUCCUACAAGGUUCUCCAGUUGCAAGGCUCCACCGCUUUCGCGGUCCGCUCCCGAGCUGCAGAAGCGACUCGCAAUUGGAGUUGCAGCAAAGGCGCAGGGCGCCAUACAGCCCCGCAAAACUGCCCUCUCUCGAUUGUCGAACAAGACGCUGCUACGGUCGCUGGUUCUGACGUCUCUCAUGUCAAAGAACUGGCUCAUGCGGCCCUCCCUUGCUGUGAUCGAUGCCAUGACAAAGUCCAAGUCAGCCUUGUUGAACCCGGACCGUAACCCAGUCUUGAACCGGGUGCUCAGGUGGACCAUCUACAACCACUUCUGUGCUGGCUCAACCAAGGCGCAGGUUGCCCGGUCCAUGGCUGAACUGAGACGGCUGGGCUACCAGGGAGUCAUACUGGGGUUUGCCAAGGAGGUUGUCCUUGACCCUGCUGAGGGAGCGGUUCACUCGGGCGAUGCAAAGUAUGGCCCGGCUUGCUACCGGAUGAUUCAUGAGUGGAAAGAGGCAAACCUCGAGACAAUACGCAUGCUCUCUCCUAACGAUUUUCUCUCCGUCAAACUUACAGGCGCUGGACCCGUCUGUCUCGACGCCAUGCAGGCCCGACGACCCCUGCCCGCCGCCGUCUCAGACGCCCUUGACGACAUCUGCAUCGAGACGAAGAAGCGCGGAGCCCGCCUGUGGAUCGACGCUGAGCAACAAAUCCUCCAGAUCGGCCUCGAUGAGUGGGUCAUCGAGUUGAUGAAGAAGUACAAUCGCAACGGAGAGGCUCUUGUUUACAACACCAUCCAGGGGUACCUAAAGGGGUCUAGACAAAACGCUGAGCGGCAUGUCGUUCAAGCUGCGCGGGAGGGCUGGACACUAGGCGUCAAGCUCGUUCGUGGCGCGUACAUUGAGAAUGAGGUCCGGUCCUUGAUUCAUGAUACCAAGGAGGAUACUGAUCGGUCGUACAACGACAUUGCCCACAUGAUGAUUUCCCGAGAGCUUCCUCAGACCAAAGGUGCCGGCGACCUAGAGUUCCCGUCUGCGGCUCUCAUGCUGGCCACCCACAAUGCUGCCAGCGCAGAGAAGGCCAUGGCAACCCACCGACAAAGGAUCGCCGACGGGCUGCCUACGACCAAGUUGGAGUGUGGCCAAAUCAACGGCAUGGCUGAUGAGCUGAGUUGUGCUCUGGUGGAGAGCUGCGAGCAGUGCGUUUCCGAUCCUUCGACAAAGAGGGACUCGGCGCCGGGGGUGUUUAAAUACGUGGCUUGGGGAUCUGUCUCGGAAUGCAUGGGGUACCUUUAUCGUCGGGCAGUUGAGAAUCGGGGAGCUGUUGAGAGGACGCAGCACAUGGUGGAUGCACUGAAGAAGGAGCUCUGGCGACGUGUUUUUGGCUAG